AUAGCCGUGAGCAUUGUGAAUGCCAAAGUGUUAUCGUUUUCUUUUUCGAAAAAAACCUAACAUAAAAAAAAAACAUACGAACGCUGAUAACGAAUAUCCCUUCUUCAUCAAACUAUAAAUGUUAUCGAAUUCAACUGUCGGUUUACCUCAAAAAUAAUAUCGCAACAUAUUUGUCAAAGAAAACUCUUUAUUAAAUAAGAAGAAAAACGGAUUUCAUAAUCGAAUUCAACGCCGCUGUUCUAAAAAUAUUUUACUGUACACGAAAUAGAAUAAUUACGAGAUCAAAAAUAAGAACAAAAAUAAGAAAAAAAAAAUUAUCGAAGAGAAUAUGCGAUGCGUAUUUGGUGUAGCUCUGCCAAAAAAUUAAACAAAUUACAAAGCAUUUUGUUAAUUCAAUUAAACACAAUCUAAACUACAAUACCCAAAGCUUUUAUAAAAAUAAUAUUUAAACAAACGAAACGAAAUAUCUUAUUUAGUUUUUGGAUAAGAAAAACUUUACCUAAAGGACGCAGUUAUUUGAACUUUAUUCCUAAGCUGUAUCUAUUCAAAAUUCUUACAAAAUGGUAUCCAAUCGCCCAUUAUUAUACUUGUCACCCAUUGCAAUACUCAUCACUGGCCUCUUUUGGUUACGACGUCGAAAUAAAAAUCGUUGUGGGGACAUUGGCAAGGAUGAGAAGAAAAUCGAGUCCAAAAUAGAAGAACCCCAAUGCAUUGCGAAAAAUGCUGCACCAAAAAAAUCUGCAUCCAUGAAUAUAAACGGUACAAUUAAUACUUCCGAAAAUGAUGAUGACAAUCCAGCUACCAAAAUGUUUGGAAAAUCGGCCCCCAUCAAAAUAAUACAAAACAACAAUAGAUCUUCUCCUAGCAAACAAAUGCCAAUAGAUUCCGAAGUAUUGAGCACAAAGAUACAAGUUGCUGAAAACAAAACUUUACGUUCCAUUGACGAAGACUACGAGAACCUAUCGUCGCCAGUAGACCUACCCGAUUCAGUUCACAGACGCGUACCAUUCUAUGUGAGAGGUAAUUCUCGAACUAAAGAGGAACCAGUUGUAAUAAAAGCUUCGGCAAGUCCAAAAAUUUCACCAGAAAACUCAUUCCUUGAAAGCAAAUACACUGUCACAUCGGGUUGUGAGGAGAAUAAUAACAACAACCAAUCGCCUAAGAGUGUAAAGAGUAAUCAUAGCUGCCAAAGUGAAAAUAAGACAGAUUCAGGAAUAAAUGAACCAUCAGUGGAAGAGACAAAGUUCGAAGAUGAGGACAAGACCGAUUUACAGAGUGAUAAGAAACGUAACGCAGAUGCUUCUAGUCCAUCUUUGAGCUUAAGCAGUCUUCAAUCUGGUGAUUCGGGAAAAGGUUCCAGUCUGCCACGCUCUGAGGCGAAUCGCAAAAAAACCACAUAUGAAUUCAUCUUCCCAUGUGCCCUGGUUGGCCAAUUAAUCGGACGCAAGCGUAUGUUUAUCAACCAAAUAAAGGCUAAAACUUCAGCAGAUAUUGUCUUGCAAAAACAUCCGUUUACAUCAAAGGUUAAAAUUUGUGUCAUCGAAGGCACAGAGAAGGAAAUCAAUGCUGCUUUGGUACUCAUUCGUAAUCGUUUGCCAUUGAAGCAUUAUCCCAAUUUUACAAUGCAAAGAAUACAUUUUGCUCUACCACAAACUAUUGUUCCUCUGGCUACAGAAACUAGGUUAAACUUACAGUUGAAUCUUAUUGAAGGCAUUAAUAAUGAUGUUGUUGUGAGUGUUGUUAUUUCGGGAGCCCAUUUCUUCGUACAACAACCACUACAUCCCUCACAUCCAUCCUUGGCCGUUUUACAAAGGUGCCUAUAUGACAGCUAUAAUGCAUGUGAAGCACCAAUGCUUCCUGGAAUUGAACUGAACGCAGUUUGUGUGAUUUGCGUCAACAGCGUAUGGUAUCGAGUACAAAUCGUUGAAGUUGACGUUGAAGAUGAACAGCGUUGUAUAGUUAAGUUUUUGGACUUUGGAGGCUAUAUGAAUGUUCAUUUAAAUGAUCUUAGACAAAUCCGGGCAGAUUUUAUGGGAACACCAUUCCAAGCAACAGAAUGCAUACUGUCCAAUAUUCAACCAAUUGAUACGUGCUGGUCGCCAGAAGCAGCAGAUAUCUUAUGUAAACUUACUAAAGGUAUAGUCUUACAAGCACAAGUCGCUGGCUAUAAUAGUCACAAUAUACCGGAAAUAUAUUUAUUCGCUUGCUUAGGACCUAAUAACGUUAUAUUUAUCAAUAAGGAAUUAGUGGCUAGAAAUCUUGCAAAGUGGGUGGAAAUACACGACUGAUUUGAUUAAAACCUACUAUUAUCACCAUAAAAAAAAAAAAACCUAAUGCACGAUUACAUUGUUGAAGCCAUAAAUUUAGAAGAAAAACAAAAAAAAAUUACAAUAUUUAUGUAUUCUUAAAGUUUUACCAAUAAGAUAAUGUACUCAUGCUCGGUUCAUGAUUUAAUUUUGAGGCAGCAAUGUAUUGCUUCUUCCAAGCAAAUUUUAAGCAUUUUGUAUAUAGUUGAGAUCGUUUAAUGCUUGAAAAAAAAAAACAAAAAAAAAAAAAAACAA